AUGGCCUUUCUAAAAGAAUCCAAUCCAAGAAAUCUUGAUAAUGAUCAAAGAGAAGAAAAGAGUUUCUCCUGUGCCAUGCAGCUCUCGACCUCCAUUGUGCUGCCCAUGGUCUUGAACUCGGCCAUUAAGCUUGGGGUUUUUGAUAUCUUAACCAAAGCGGGUCCUGGAGCCAAGCUCUCUCCCUCGCAGAUUGUAGCUCAGAUGCCCACCAAGAACCCCGACGCAGCCAUGAUGCUGGACCGCAUUCUCAAGCUGCUGGUCAGCCACUCUGUGCUUGGUUGCACCGUGGUUGCUGAUGUGGACUUUGGGUCUUUCCAGAGGCUCUACAGUCUUACUCCUGUGUCUGAGUACUUUGUGACUAAUGAAGAUGGCGUGUCAUUGGGUCCCUUCAUGGCCUUGAUUCACGACCAAGUCUUUAUAAAAUGCUGGUCCCAACUGAACGAUGCAAUUCUUGAGGGAGGAAUUCCAUUCAAUAGGACUUAUGGCACGCAUUUCUUCAAGUAUACAGACUUGGACCCCAGAUUUAAUAAGGUGUUUAACGUAGCAAUAUCCAACCGCACCACUAUUGUCAUCAAGAAGAUCCUUGAGUCUUACAAAGGUUUUGAGCAACUCAGGCAACUAGUCGAUGUUGGUGGUGGUCUAGGAGUUACCAUUAACUUAAUCACUACUAGAUACCCCAAUAUCAAGGGCAUUAAUUUCGACUUGCCUCAUGUUAUACAACAUGCUCCACCUUAUCCUGGUGUGGAACAUGUAGAAGGAGAUAUGUUUGAGAACGUUCCUGAUGGACAUGUCAUUUUUAUGCAGUCGAUACUUCAUGAUUGGAGUGACGAAUACUGCUUGAAGCUGUUAAAAAAUUGCUACAAUGCUAUCCCAAAUGAUGGAAAGGUUAUUGUUGUAGAGGCAGUUAUUCCAACUAUGCCCAAUAUUAGCACUCCUAUGAAGAGCACCUAUCAAUUGGAUAUGUUAAUGAUGACUCUACACACUGGAGGAAAGGAAAGGACCCAAGAAGAAAUCAUGGCCUUGGCAACCAUGGCUGGAUUUAGUGGCAUCAAAUUUGAAUGUUCUGUCUGUGAUCUGUGGGUUUUGGAGUUUUUCAAGUAA